UCGUAUUGCUAGUGUAGUCAGUCUGAAUCAGUGUGUUUGUAACAAUUGUACAGUGAACGAAGGCCUUCAGUUUGUCUUAAACCCACGUCUGCAGGCGCUGAAAUUAAAAGGCUGCAAGUUCCAGUUGUACAGUCAAGGACUAUACAGACCAACUAAGUAACCAACGACGAUGCUAGCAGCAAGGUUUGCAUCAGUGGGAAAGGUCCCUCUGACAGCGUUCGUCACAACCCUGGGACAGUCCACAGCACGAUCAGCCAGCAGACCAGGUGUCAUCAUCAGGGUACAGAACUAUGCCUCUGAGACAAGAUCUGGUCUCAGUCGGCGUGCCAAGGCUCGCAGUUUGAAGGAAAUGGCCAUGGCCCCUGCAGGAGAUUCAGCCUUCUCUGUUGGGCGAGGUGUUGUGGCUGGUGCGUCUCUGGUUGGCCUCGGUGCACUGUGCUACUAUGGUCUUGGCAUGUCUAAUGAAGUCGGAGCCAUUGACAGAUCAGUCCUAUGGCCUGAGGAGGUGAAGAAGAGGAUCAGAGCGACCUACAUGUAUUUCGGGGGGAGUGUGGCCAUCACUGCCAUGUCUGCCAUGGCUGUCAGUCGGAACCCGUCCAUGAUGAGACUGAUGACGAAGAACUCUUGGAUGGCUAUUGGAGCAACAUUUGCUGCUAUGAUAGGAGCAGGCAUAGUGUGCCGGUCCAUCCCAUACCAGGAGGGGUUUGGGAUGAAGCAGCUGGCUUGGAUUGGCUACAGUGGUGUGGUCGGAGCAGUCAUUGCCCCCAUCACCAUGCUGGGGGGUCCGCUGCUGAUCCGCGCAGCCUGGUACACAGCUGGACUGGUGGGAGCUCUGUCUACUGUGGCAAUGUGUGCACCCAGUGAAAAGUUCCUCAACAUGGGAGGCCCCUUAGCUAUCGGACUUGGAGUCGUGUUUGCUUCCUCCGUUGGGGGGAUGUUCCUGCCACCCACCACAGCUCUGGGUGCAGGGCUAUAUUCCAUCAGUGUGUAUGGUGGCCUGGUGCUCUUCAGUAUGUUCCUGCUGUACGACAGUCAGAAGAUCAUCAGGAAUGCGGAGACGUACCCAACGUAUGCUGCUCGCAAAUACGACCCGUCAAUGCGUAAGUGUAUCGGAAUCUACAUGGACACAGUCAACAUUUUCAUCAGGAUAGCCAUGAUCCUCUCUGGCGGUGGAGGGGGACGAAGGAAGUGAACUGGUGUUUAGUGUGUGUGUGAAUGAACUAAAGUGUUGGCAGUGCUGGACAUUCUGUGAUAGAGGACACCCUUCCUGAUAGACGGUGUCAGGUCUAACUGGCUGCAUGACAUGUGACUGACGUGAUCAAACUAUACUGACUCAACAGCUCAGAAAUAAACGUUUACCCAAGGAUAUUACUGUAUCACCAAAUGUUUAUACAUGUGCUUCAACAGUGUUUAUCGUGUUACCUUUGCCAAGUUUAUAUAGCCAUUAGCAACAGUAAGUGAUAUCAUCCAUCUAUUGUAAAAUAAAGAGUAGUAAAUAAGAGUAACAGGCUGUUUAACAGUUCAAAUUCAUGUCCUUUGGGGGCCUGUUAUGAAAUGUUGAAAAUUGUCCAGGAUAUAGCCAGCUGAUGUAUUUAAACAAACAAUAUAUAUGUAUAAAUGAGUACUCCUUUCAUGUGAAAAUGGUUUGAAAAAUACAGUUUUCUGUUGGUACAUA